AUGGCAAUGAAAAAAUCGUCCAUAUGGAACUCCAUUGCGGAUAAUACUAAGUACAGCGUAAGCAUUUCGUCAAUAAGUGGAGUCAGCUAUAUCUGCAAUAAUGGCAAAAGGAGCUUGAUUGAAAGGAUUUUCUGGAUCGGCAUGGUCAUCUGUAUGAUAAUCUUAGCCGCAUGGCAAGGUUUAUCAGUUUACACGCACUAUAAGGAAAGGCCAGUUAUUGUCACUGUGGAUAAUGCGUAUUUCGAAUGGAAAUUUGAAUUUCCUACUGCCACAAUUUGCUCAGUUGAUUUAAAGCCGGACUCUCAAUUGAGGACUAUUAUAGAAAAACUGAACUUGAAGUUGAACAUUUCCAGACAGUUGCUUCGAAGUGAAUAUGCCGAUUUUAUCAACUACCUGCAAGACUUGGCGUUCAAAAAUUACAUGAGCUACCAUGAAUAUAAGGAAUAUUCCGCGAGGAUUAAACGGGAAUUUUUGCACCCUGAUCAGUACAUGGAGGUUCUAGAUGAAGUGACUUUAAAUAUUGCUGAAACAACAGGGAAACCAGCGAUAAAUUUCCCGAUGAAACAGGUGAGGCCGGUGUUAAGAGUGUUUACUGAAUGGGGCCCUUGUAUGGUAGCGAAUCCGAAUGUGAGCAUUUACUUCACUCCAAAAUAUUUCAAUUCAAGCAAUCUGUAUGCAGACUAUCAGCCGAUAGUUUUCACGGUCAACGAUUUGACGAGUUUUUUGUUUCAGAAACCCAACUCCACAAAGGGAGUGAGUCAUAUUUACUUUCACGCUCCAAACGAAGUGAUGGAGAUUAUGGAUCGAAAGGAUACUCUCCCGCAUCAGCGUUUUCUUACUUCGAAAUACGAAGCAGAUGUGGUCCAAACGAGUCAGAAUGUUUUACCCUUAACUGUCGAACAAAAAAACUGCCGGCUUCCCCUGGAUUAUGGCGAAGAACCUCUGCUACAUAGUCCAGUUUAUAGUUACAACCUGUGCAAGUUUGAAUGUCGGAUUAAAAUUGCUUUAAAGUAUUGCAAUUGCACACCCUAUUAUUAUAGGCGAUUAGCUCACGAGCCGAUUUGCAACCUGAGUGGACUCUACUGCCUAUCGAAAUACAAAACACAACUGAUUUAUGCCCGGGACAGUUCCAUCGAAUGCCCAAAUUGCCUGCAAAACUGCGAUGUUUACGUAUUCCGAGGAUACGAAACGGCUUUACCGUAUACUUUCCUGCAAACCACUUUGGAUACUGGCAUUAUCUUCCCUAACAUUGUUUAUAUUCGAAACUUAGUCUAUUCGAAGAUAGAUUUAACAGGUAAAAGAAAUACAUUCUAA